UUACUUCUUCUUGUAUUAUAAGCAAUGGAGCUUCCAAACCAAAAUUAUCGGCUGUACCAGUAUGUCUUCCCCUCUCAUCUUGUUUAUCCGUAUCACUUGACUCCAGAAAACUAUGUGCACUGGACUGAAACCCCAGAGACUCAUAUUUUCUCAGCUGACCUCCCUGGUGUGAGGAAGGAGGAGAUAAAGGUUGAAGUGGAGGACUCAAUAUACCUGAUCAUCAGAACACAGAGACUUGAGGAUGAUGAUGUUGGUGAUGAGUCUCCCAUAGAGACUAGGAGGACCUUCAUGAGGAAGUUUCGACUUCCGGGUCAGGUUGACAUCGAGAGAAUCUCAGCUGGAUAUGAAGAUGGAAUCUUGACAAUCACAGUGCCAAGGUUACUGAGGAGAAGUUUCUUCAUUGAACCAGCUGAUAUGCCGGAAAGGCUUGAAGUUCUUGCCAGAGCUGCUUGAUUUCUCAAGCUCAAAGAGUUCAAACAUGGCUAUUUUUCAUCAUAAUUAAUAGAUUCUAAGAUUUAGUUUUUCUUUUUCCGAUGAAUGCUAAGAUUUAGUUGUUGGCUUACUUGGAUUCCACACUCUUAUGUACAAACGUUCCAAGACUACUUUUCUCUUAUCUUCUAUUUC